AUGAUAAGUAAAAAACAUCAACUUAAAUAUAUUCAAUUUCUUAAUCUUUUAAAUUGCAAAAACUUUUUUAGUAAUGUUAAGAGUUCAGUGAUAUCUCCAUUGCUAAAUUUUCUGUGCAUUAUAACGGAUCAAAAUAAUGCUGUACUGUAUUCACUACCAAAUAGUGAAAACAGUAUUGAACACAUUUGGAAAUGUUCACCUAAAGUUCAAAGGUGUUUAUUCUCAGAAGAUGGAAAAAGUAUUUUGUUAAUAUUAAUUGUAAAUUCAUUACAAAUUUAUUCGAUCAAUGAUAAUGGUGUGAAAUUAGUGAAUCAGAUUAGGGCUUCAGAACUAGCUAAAAUUUUGCAAAACAAUAAUUUAGAUGGUUAUGAUAUUCAUUGUGGAAAUAAAUAUCAUGACUUGGAAUUGCCAGUUGCCUCCAUUGGGCAAUGUUUUAAAUUUUGUAUUCAUACAAAUUCAAAAUUAGUAGCUGUUGUCAAUCAAUUUCAGGAAACUAUAUUAUUAGACAUAAAUAAUUUUUUCACUGGUGAAACGGAUAAUGUAAAUUCAGUUAAGGAAGUCAAAAUAGAUAUAAAAAAUUGGUCUUACAAGAGAAAGAAAAAAAAAAAUUUGAAAAUGGAUUCAUGUAAAAUUAUGGGAAAAGUUUCCUCUCCGCCUGGUGCAUCUGUUUUAUGUUUGCAGUUUUCGAUAAAGGGUCUUUUUGUAUUUUAUAAUGUCUCAGGUGAAUCGGAGUGUACCUCUUUUACUGUGAUUGAUGAAAAUUCUGCUGUACCUUUAUAUAACUUUAAUGACUUAGUUGCAUCAAAGGUCCUAUGCGGAGGACCUUUGCCACUUGUGAUGUCUGAUUCCAUAUUAUCACUUUGUUUGGGAGAAUUAUACAAUGAUUAUUUUAUAAUUAAACUUUGUGAGACUGUACCCAAUUUUAGCUUUUCAAAAGAAAUGGAAAGAACUUUAUUUAAUCAACCGCGAACGGAAAUUUUCAAUUUUCACGUUUUAUUUUUAAACAUCAUGCUCGAUUUUCAUUUAAACAUUUUUUUAUAUAAUUUAAAUUUUUUGAUAGCAAAAAAAAAAAUGUUUCCCAAAAUAAAUAUAAACUUUGAAAAAAGUUUAUCCGAACAAAAAAUUAUGGAAAAAUUAUAUAAUUUGUUCAAUCUGGUGUUAAAAGUUGAAGAAGAAGUGAAACCAGAGGGAAUAAACGCCAAGCAAAUAAUGCUUACAAAAUGUUUUUUGCAUUCUAUUCGUUUAUUAGAUCUUGUUCAGAAUAAAAUGAGACAUAUAUUCGAAAGCGAAUUAUAUUCUAAUUUAUUAAAACAAACUUUAACUUUGUUCGAAAGUAUAAAAAUAACGGAUCCCCUGGAAAACAAAUGGAUUACUUGGAGAUACAUGUCCGAUGCUGAAAUCAUUCAGGAAACCAUGAUUGCUGGAACCAUUAGUUUGGCACAUGUAUUUUUGGUUACACAUCGAGGAUGGUCAGUAAAUGAAGUUGAAAAGGAAUUCAUUAGAAAAGCUCAUAAAUAUAUCAGGAUGCUAAUUUCAAAAAAUGAAGUGAAAAAAGCAGAAACAUCUCUUUCUAAUUUGGGAUUCGAUUCAUUAAAAUACAUGAAGUCACUGUGCCUGAGUACAAAUAAUAUUUUAUUGAGAGACAAAAUAAUCAAAUAUUUACAUCAAAAGGGAGAAUUUACCUUAAAAGAAAUAAUAAUUUUUGAUAUAAAUAAAAAAAUUGAAAAUGCGUUGGCUUUAGCUCCAAAACGGUGUUAUAAUUUUUGUCAGGAAUCCACAUUUUCAGGAAGAGUGAAAAUAAAUAAUGUUACUUGCAAACAUAAUACUUAUAAUAAUGUAAUUGAUUUGAAAACUUUUCUUGAUUCCACACAAAAUUGGUGCAGUAUGGUUUUAACGGAAGUUUAUUUUACUACAGGAGAUUCUGUUUUGGAAAAAUUUCUACAAAAAGAAUUAUGCUGGCGUUAUUUAGUUGAAGUUAACCAAGUUAAUUUGUUGCAGACCUGGAUUAAAAAUUUGAAUAAACAAAAUUUAGAAGAAUCUUUUGAAGAAUCGUCUGAUCACGUGUUAAACAGUUUUAUAACGGACAAAACGGACAAGUGGAAUGUGACAGAAGACAUGUUUAAAUUUAUUAACAACGUGAAAUGCAUGACAUUAACGAAGAAUAUCGUUUUCGAUAAUUUUGCUUUUUAUGGUAGAGUGGAAAAUAAUUCUGAACUUGGAAAUAUAAAAAAAAUAUUUUCAAAACCGACGUCUAAUAUAAAAAUCCGUGAUUUUGAAAAUAUGAUUUUUCGUGAUUGCAUAAAUUAUUCUCUAAAACCUCUUAUAUUGAUUUGCCUUAAUGAUAACAGCUCCUUAAGGAAUUCAAUAGAAUUUGAAAAAGAAUUUUCACAUCAAAAAAAUUGGAUAGAAAUUUGGUCCGUUUUUAUUUCUUGGGAUAAAAACAAAGACAAUAAAAUCCUUUUUAGAAAUUCUGUUAAAGAAAGUUUAAAAGUUUACGAUUGCAAUCCAGAAGAAAUGGAGUAUAUUAAAACUGCUUUAGUUCUUAUAAACGAAAAGGAAAAAUAUCCAAAAAUUUUUAAAAGGAUCACAAAAGGAUCUGAUGUAACAAUUUAUGAUUUACUGUUUAAUUCCAAUGUUCCUGUUGCAAAAUUAUUUUCUUGGCAAUCAUCUUGUUGGGUUAAACGUGUUUGUGGAGUCGCUCAAGGUUUGGCUUUAAGAUAUUGGAAAAACGAAUCCCUCGGAGCAUCUUGCAUUGCUUUGAUAGUAAUGCUGGGCAAUAUUGGAUUGGCAAAUAUUUUACGAAUAUACAUGCAAGCCAUCGAAUGCAUUUGCACUCAAAUAAAUAAAUAUACCGAAUAUCAUAUCAAUACUCUCGUAUGUGGAGUUGCUAAAAGGGAAAUAUCAAGCAUUCAAGAAAUGGCCACCGCUUUAGAAACGUCCGUUGCAAAUGUUGUUAACAAUGAAGAAGGCAUCACACAACUUAAAAAAUGGUGUUUGGCCGUUUGCUUUUGUAACAUGCAUAAUUUAUCUUUACCAUCUUUACUUCUCAAGCAGUUGGCUAAAAAUCAUAAUUGGUUUUCUUUUAUAAUUUGCCUAGACAUAUUUAAAUAUCCAUACGAACAGGAAAGAUCAAAAGCUAUUGAAUUGAUUGAAGAAAUCGAGUCUAAAGUUUUAAAGUCACACUUAUUGAGAGCUUUGACGAGAACUACUUUAAAACUUUCAACAUCAUCUCCCAGCAAAUCCGCACCGAAAAUAUUGUUGGAACCUAAUAAUAAUGGAAAAGAUGAUUUUGAAGUCAUGAAGGAUAGUAGAGAUAUUUUUCAAGCGUUUGUUACAAACGUUUAUACCGAAGUUAUUAACACAAUACAAACAUUUACUGAUAAAAAUAUUGUUCUUCCUUGGAGUUGCGAACAAAAUCCAGAUCAGGACGUGUUAUUGACUUUAUUAAAAUGCGAGAGUGAACCUGAUGCGUGUAAAUCAUUACUUAUAUCUGCCAUUGAACUUCAAUCACCUCCUGGAAAUUAUUUUUCAAUUUUUAUGGUUUGGUUUGUCUCGUCAAUUCCAACGUCAAUGCCGAGAAUAAAGAGAAAAGAGGAAGGAUCUCAGGUAUUGGAUCGACUUUGCUGUCCAAAAGAUAUGGAAACUUCAUUCAUUAAUUUUUUCUGCACAGGAUAUUUUCAAACUUUUUUCAGGGGAAUGAGUUUGUUUAUGCCCGAAAAUCCGUUUACUUUAUUUUUAAAUGCCGUAAAUAAAGGCGUCGUCCUUUUAGAUUUCGAAAGUUCUCUUCAAUUAAUAAAAGAAUUCACAUUUGAAUUGGAUCAUUUUCGAAGUAGAGAACCCAACGAUUUUUUUUCCAAAUCUUGGAUUUUAAAUGCAUUAACGCUGUGCAUAGAAAAUUUAUUAGUGAGAAAUGAUUUACGAAAUUCUAUUAAAAAAAAAUUUCUCGACACGUUGGCACAAUCUGAUUUUUCUACUUUCGAUUCGAAUUUUCCAAAUUAUUUACUACUGUCUCAGCUAUGCGGAAUUUUAGAAUCGAGCGAAACAAGAAUUAAUUUCAUUGAACUUUACAAAAUGACGAAUGUGUCUGAAGAAUCCAUGAAAAGUCUUGAUUCCUUAUUGGAAAAUCAUCAAUUCACUCAAGCUCUGGAAAUAUGUUCGCUAUUGGGUUUGAACAAAGAUAAAGUUAUUAUUUCAAUGUGGAAAUAUCAAAUCGAAUCAUGUAUUAAGAAAAAUGAGGGUGGUAAUAUAAUAGAAGAAACAUGGAGAGAAAGUUCUUUGGCUUUCAAAGAUGAAAAUGUUAAUCCAAAUUUGGCGGCUUUAUUUUAUUUUAACAUGGCAAAUAAUUUUAAAUCAUCAUCUUCAACCAGUUUGAAAAAUAGAUUUUUAGCAUUGGAAUAUUGUCUUCAUUGGAGACGAUUAAUGCCGGAUGCGAUACCAUCGUCGUUUUUAGAAGAAUCUGAUUCGAUCGAGCUGGAAAAAUGGAAAUGUUCAAUCGAACCCGAUUUCGACAUAAAAUUUUUAAAAAAUUUCUAUUCGAUAAAUUUUUCCUGUUCCGUUUUAAAUAUGUGGCCUUUGUUAAAAAUUUUAGUACCUGCGCAAAUUAUUCACGAUAAAAUAAGUCCAUCGGAAUUACCGGAACAAUCUGAAUUAUGCGAAGUUAUUCUAACAACUUCGACAGAAUUUCAAUUUGAAAAUCAAUCAAUAUCAUCAUUAAAACAAAAAAUUGACGAUAAACUUCAAACUGUUUCUUUUUUAAAUCGAGUGUAUGAUAUUGUAGGAGCUGGGAAAAAUCUUGUUAAAAAAAUUCUCGUGUGUUAUAGUCUCUCUGUUGAAAUGGAUUCAACAUUUGAGGAAAUAGCAUGCGAAAGAGAUUUUUUAUCACUUUUUCAAAGGUCCGCGUUUUUAGAAGGAGCCAAUAAACUUAAAAUGGCGGAUGAUUUAAUUACUUUAGCUAAUUUAUCCGAUGUCGAAACGGCAAAAUUUUUAAAAGAUAAAAUAGUUGCCGUUUUAAUGGAGUAUUGUUCUUCAGACUCGUUGAUUUCUCCGUCAUUAUGGAAUGUUUGUUUAGAAUCUGAUUUUCAUUCUAUUGUUAAAUUAACAAACGAUCCUUCAUUAUUGGGUUUCGAAUUGCUUCGGUCAUCGGUGACUUUACCCUGCUUUCCAGCCAUUGAAAUAUUAAUAAAAGCUCAUGAUUGUUUCACGAUGGCUUGCAAUCUUGAAGGAAUCGGUAAAGUUUUGAGAAAAUGUAGAAUUCUUGCUUCCAUUGCAUUCAAAGAAGGGGAGUGGCAACAUUUGAUAAGGUUAUUGUUCGGUAUAAAAAGAUUUAUGGACAUGAGUUACAUUUUUCAAAAAUUAAAAGAAUCCGGUCAAUUUGAACGACUUAUUCAUUUCAAAGGAUUUCAAAAGAUUCCCGGUUUACAAAAAGGAAUACUGGACUAUUUAAAAAUGAAUAAAUUACAAGAUUGGGAUUUGGGAAAAUCCAUGGUCGCUCAUUUUAAUUUCUAUUCGGAAUUGGGAACGUUUCGUCAAAACGAAGGAGAUUCCAUCAUAUCGAAAUUAUUAAAUUCAAAACAAAUCGAAACGAAUAAGAAACAGAAUUUAUUAAAUUCCGCCAUGGAUCAUUAUUUUCACGCGGCGCAAUUAUUUCUUCAAGCGAAUAAAAUGAAGAAAGCUUUAAAUGUUGCUUAUAAAGCUCAAAUGGUUGCAAUGCAAAUAUCACUUUUAGAUGGCGGACCACUUUUAUUAAAUUUAGAAUUUGAAUCUCGUUCGUAUUUUCAAAAUCUCAUAAUGGAAAAUUUAACGGUAGCACAAACGAUUCUCAUUUGUAGAGCAUAUAAUUUAGAACCGAAUUGGGAAGAGAUCAUAUACGAACGUUGUUUGUUAAAAGAAGAUAAAAUAUUUUGUUCAGAUCUUUGGUCGGUUUUUAUUUUAUCACCUCAAUUAAUUAAAAAUCGUUCACUGAGGUAA